UCCGAGAACGUUGUUGGCGUAGUCUGCGUCUGGUGCCCUAUUUGACUUUGCGGAAGGUGUUCGCGACCUCAACGACUUUGGAGACGAGAACGACAUAAUCAGUAGGCAAGCUGAGAAGACCCGAUCACAUAUCCACAAUGCCGAUCACACUGGAGGAGGAGAUCUUUGGCCUGGCCGUUAAUCCCUUCACAAAGGCACCCGAGAUGGUGCGCCGCUACACGCUGACCAACUCGAACCGGAUGUCCAUUUCGGUGAUUCAACUGGGCGCCAUCAUCCAGAGCGUACGAAUGCCGGAUGCCUAUGAGAAGGUCGAUGACAUCUGCUUGGGAUUCGAUGACAUUGCGAGCUACGUGGCUACCAAAGGGGCCUACAUUGGCGGGACCCUCGGACGGGUCGCUAACCGAGUGGCGAACGGCGAAUACGUGGUGGGUGAGACAAAGGUCGAGCUGACCAAGAACUUCCAGAACAAGUACCAGCUGCACGGCGGCCUUGUGGGCUUCGACAGCGUCAUAUGGGAGGUGGUGCAGAAGACGGAGGACGGCAUUGUCUUUCGCCAUGUCUCGGCGCAUGGCCACGAGGGCUACCCGGGCACACUGACUUGCCUCAUUACCUACUGGCUGGACAACCAGAAUCGCAUUGGCGUGCAAUUCGAGGCCACCACCGACAGAAAAACCGUUGUUAAUAUCUCCAAUCAUGCGUACUUCAACCUGGCCGGCCACAGCGCUGGGCCCAAGGGUCUGGCCGAGCAUACUGUGGAGAUAGCUGCCAGCAAGAUUGUGGAGACGGAUGAUCAACAGAUACCAACCGGCCAGUUAGUCGACGUCGAUGAUACGGUCUUCGAUCUGCGGCUGCCCGUCCUGCUGGGCGACCGCCUCAUGCAGUUCGGCGGGAGUCUGAUCGAUGGCUACGAUAACUGCUUUGUGGUCAAUGGCGGCAGUACGCAGCCGGGCCUGAGUAUGAUCGCCAAGCUUGUUCAUCCUCCCAGUUGUCGGGUCAUGGAGGUAUGGACAAAUCAACCAGGGCUGCAGUUCUACACGGCCAACAAUCUGCCCAACGAAAAGAGCGGCGAGUUCCCUAUGAUUGGCAAGGACUGCACUCACUACGUCAAACACGGCUCCUUUUGCGUGGAAACCGAAAAGUUUCCCGACUCCAUGAACCAUCCCGAAUUCCCUUCGAUUUUUCUGGAGCCCGGCGAAAAAUACCAGCAUGAGGUCAUGUACUGGUUCAAGGUGGAGGAGUCCUGGAAGUGCUGUUGUAACAACAAGUGAAAGCUACUAGAUAUCAAAUAAAGCUGGAUAUUUUAAAGGCGA